AUGCAACUCCCUCUCAUCCUCACCACCUUCUUCGUCGCCCUCGCAGUAGCAUCGCCGGGAACCACCUCUCUCAAGCGCUCAUUCAUAGAACGAGACGGCAUCCAAAUCGCCUGCAUCGAGUGUCCGUGCGAUGGGUUCUCGGGUGUCUGCUAUUGCGUCGAGGAUGGGUGCUGUGUGCCGCAUUGCAAGGGUGACCAGGGAUGA